UUCUACUGCCCCGUUCCCACUCUCACGGUCUCACCACUGCAGUGAAGAGAGAGAGCUCCCCUCCGACUCGGAGCGCUGCCGCCGCCGCCGGAGCUCGAAACCGAUGGGCGGCUUCGCGACCUCGCGCCCGGCCUCCAUAGGCUUCUGCGCCUUCAUCUGCUUCCUCAACCUCUUCGCCUUCCUCCUCGCCGUGGGCGCCGAGCGCCGCCGCAGCACCGGGAAGGUGGUGCCGGACGAGUACGACGACCGCUCCUACUGCCUCUACGACAGCGACGCCUCCACGGUGUACGGCGUCUCCGCCUUCUUCGUGCUCCUGCUCCAGCAGGCCAUCGUCACCGCCGCCACGCGGUGCCUCUGCUUCGGCCCCGCGCUCUCCUCCCGCUGCUGCGCCGUCGCCGCGUUCGUCCUUUCCUGGACAACAUUCCUUGUUGCGGAAGCUUGCCUCAUAGGAGGAUCAGUGAGGAAUGCAAAACACACCAAGUAUUUAGGCUACUAUAUGAAGCACGAUUUGGUGUCCUGUGCCACCCUUCGGAAGGGAGUCUUCGCAGCUGCUGCUGCGAUGAUGAUCAUCAACCUCGUGGCAUCCCUUGUCUACUACUGGAGUUACUCGAAAGCUGCAACCGGCGGGUUCAUGAAGCACCAAAACGAGGUUGGCGUGGGCAUGACGGAUUAUGGCCUUGAUAAGGGUGUUCCUGGGCCCUGAGUGAGCAGGCAUCUUGUUGCUCUGUCUGUGCACUAGCUGUCAUACUCUGUACCUGCAAACUUAUAUCCUGUGCCUGAAGCUCUGUUGUUUCUCCACACUGUGAACGACACCGUACGCAUCAAAUUCGCUGUAAUGUUAUUGUAUGGUUCACGAGCUCUCUGUAGAGAUGUGGUAGCCUAAAGUGUUACUUCUCCCAUCUCAAAUUACUAUUCAUUUUGGCUUUUCUAGGUACAUAAUUUUUGCUAUGUACUUAGAUAUAUAUAUUAUGUUUAGAUACGUAGCAAAUGCUAUGUACCUAAAGAAGUUAAAAUGAAUAGUAAUUUGGGAUGAAGGAAAUAUUUUGAUUGAGUUCACGGAA